AUGAGUUCUGACCCUGAAGUCCAGGAGAUAACCAUCUCCCCCAAAGCGGACACUGAUAUCCUCAUCAAAGAAUACACUAGGGAUUAUAAGGGUGAAAAAGAGAUAACAAAAUGCGUUUUGAUGAAAGUUGAGCGCGAGAAGUUACUUGAAGCUGAAUACUUUCGAGCAAUGUUUGGUCACGGGCGCUGGCUCGAGUCAGGAAGUCAGAAGAUUACCCUGGAGGAGGACAACUGCACGGGCAUGGAAGUUCUCCUGCGCAGCCUUCACGGCACCCUCCAGGACAUGCCUCUCGAUUCUGUUACUGUUGCUGGGACGUGGCACGUUAUAAUGUCCUGCGAUAAGUACAAUGUUGAUCAGAAAAGACUGAGUUCAUGGUUUGAGACAUGGUGGAAGCAUGAAAGCCAGAAGCAGACCACCAAAGAUCAUUACAUUGAGUUUUCUAGGGAAAUGAUGUACUCGUGCUUCGUAUUCGACUAUGCCCAUGGAUUCCAAUCUGCCACCAAGGAGCUGGUGUAUGGGUCCAUCGGUCACAUCACCGAGAAGAAUCCAACUGACAUUAGGCGGAUGCAUUUGCCCCCGCGCAUCAUCCAGCAGGUCAACGCGGCUCGUGGUCGGCUUAGAAAUAUUCUUCACAAGGGGUUAUUCGAAACACUGGGAUAUCUGGUCAAUAAUGGGACGUGUUCCUGUAAGGAACUCACUACCUUUGAAUACUUGCGGCAGCUGGCCAGAAUUGACGUCUGGCCGCUGGAAGACUGCAUGAAAGCCGAAAGUAUUAAUCAGAUGCUCGAACGACUGCGUUUGUUUGAUGCAACGAAAAUGCGAAAGCUUACGGACCCUCUGUCUGGAAAAGUGAGACCGUGCAUUCGUUGUAACGCAGCUUGGGACGCUAUCGUUUUGCGAGCAUCCAAAACAGUAGCAGAGUACUUUAAUGGUCUCUGCUUGGACUGUAUGGAUCUCAGUAAGGAUCUACGGUCAGAUGGUGACAGAGAUGAGGAUUACUGGAAGCAUAAUGAGUUGAAGAAGUGGGAUACCGGUUGCCGGGUGAAACAUGGGGAGCCCACAUGGUACUUUAGUUUCAUGGGGCGCAGGGAAAAGCGCGGCCUUAUCGGGGACUAGUGACUACCCUCCUUUGCUGUGGUGCCCUUUGGGCGUGGACAUUGACAUAUUGCAUCUGUCUUUUCUCAAGUGUACCCCACAGAGAUUGUCCCACACCUUGAUGAAGCCCUGCUACAAAUGCAGCUGCCCUUGAUCUGGUUCGUGUGUUGUGAAGAUGGUUAAUGCGCGUUUUUGCUUCGCACUCUUCGAAUAUGCGAUGCAGUUGAUUGAUGGUGGAAGGGGCCUGUAUUUAACACGUGCUGACAUAGUGCACCAAUGUACCCCAAGCCGUGGAAUUGAUAUUCGCGUUGUUUUCAAGCAAUUAGAUAUGGUACUAUCAAAUGGUAGUAGAUCAAGGGCCCCAACUACAUACAAUAACCCGGUAGAUGACCAUCCAGCUGUCAACUGUAGUUUAUUUCUC